AUGCAAGCGUCCUCAUCGCGGUCUCUUCGCCUCGUAGCCACAGCUACUGUCCAGCAGUCCCAGGCCACCAGCGCUCAGUUGCCGUCGUCGCUAGCGAUCAAGGAGGACGCGCCGAUCAACUUCGACGAUCUAGGGUUCGGGCUGGUGGAGACGGACUACAUGUACGUCGCCAAGUGCGUGCGCGGGGAGGAGUGGCAGCACGGCGAGCUGCGGCCGUACGGCAACCUCGAGAUUAGCCCCGCCGCUGGCGUGCUCAACUACGGCCAGGGCGUGUUCGAGGGCAUGAAGGCGUACCGCACGGCGGACGGGCGCGUGCUGCUCUUCCGCCCGCGGGAGAACGCCCUUCGUAUGCAGGAGAGCGCGGACCGGCUCAGCAUGCCCGGGCCCCCCGUGGAGCAGUUCGUCCAGGCGGUGAAGGACACCGUUCUCGCGAACCUGCGAUGGGUGCCGCCAUGUGGCAAGGGCGCGCUGUACAUCCGGCCGCUGCUGGUGGGCACGGGACCAGUUCUUGGACUGGCACCAGCACCCGAGUACUCGCUGCUCAUCUAUGUGUCGCCUGUGGGGAACUAUUUCAAGGGCGCCACGCUCACGCCCAUCUCCCUCAAGGUGGAGGAGCUCUACCACCGCGCUGCCCCUGGUGGCACUGGGAGUGCCAAGGCCAUCGGCAACUACUCCCCGGUGCUCAAGACUCAGAUUGCGGCAAAGCAAGAUGGGUUCUCCGACGUGGUCUACCUCGAUGCGCAAGAAAACAAGUACAUCGAGGAGGUGUCAUCGUGCAACAUCUUUGUGGUGAAGGACAAUGUCAUCUCCACUCCGGACCUACGCGGCACCAUUCUCGCAGGCAUCACCCGCCGCAGCAUCCUUGAACUCGCCCACUCCCUGGGCUACAAGACGGAGGAGCGCCAGGUGUCAAUUGAGGAUUUGCUGGCAGCGGAUGAGGUUUUCUGCACGGGGACAGCUGUGGUGCUCUCUCCGGUUGGUGCUGUGACAUUCAGAGGGAACAAAACUACCUUUGGCGAUGGAGAAGCAGGGAAGGUCUCACAGCUGCUAAUGGGGCCUCCUCGUGGGAGAGGCGGGUUCGGCGGCAGAGGCGGCGGCGGAGGCCGCGGAGGCUUCGGCGGACGGGGCGGUGGUGGAGGCCGCGGGGGUUUCGGCGGGCGUGGUGGGGGCCGAGGGGGCGGAAGGGGUGGCCGCGGGGGGCGCGGAGGAAGAGGGGGAGGGCGCGGGGGUAUGAAGGGCGGAGCGAAGGUGGUGGUGGAGCCUCAUCGCCAUGAGGGCGUGUUCGUUGCUCGCGGGAAGGAGGAUGCUCUUGUCACGAGGAACAUGGUUCCUGGAGAGAGUGUUUACGGCGAGAAGCGGAUCAGCGUCGAGUUGGAGGAAGGGAACAAGGUGGAGUACCGAGUGUGGAAUCCUUUCCGAUCCAAGCUCGCGGCCGCUAUUCUUGGCGGCGUCGACAACAUUUGGAUUAAACCCGGGUCUCACGUGCUCUACCUCGGUGCCGCCUCCGGCACUACCGUCUCCCACGUCUCCGAUAUUGUUGGCCCGACGGGAAUCGUGUACGCCGUGGAGUUUUCUCACCGGUCGGGUCGCGAUCUCGUGAACAUGGCCAAGAGGCGAACCAACGUGAUACCCAUUAUCGAGGACGCCAGGCACCCGCAGCGCUACCGCAUGCUCGUCGGCAUGGUGGAUACGAUCUUCGCUGACGUGGCGCAACCAGACCAGGCUCGUAUUGUUGCCUUGAACGCUCAUUACUUCCUCAAGACGGGCGGCCACUUCGUUAUAAGCAUCAAGGCCAACUGUAUCGAUUCUACAGUUCCUGCAGAAGCAGUGUUCGCGAAAGAAGUGGCGAAAUUGCAGCAGGAGCAGUUCAAGCCUGCUGAGCAACUGACGCUGGAGCCUUAUGAACGAGACCACGCUUGUGUGGUGGGCGGUUACCGCAUGCCAAAGAAGAAAAAGGAUGCUAAAUAG